GAUCCGCAUACUCGAGAAGCUGCGUUGAGUGAGACUGUCUCCUUUUCAUUUUCCCAAAUCACUGCCCAAACCACACAAGACCAAUCAGCCACCUAUCCCACCAAACACCAAAAUGUCGUCCCCGGUGUGGUUCAUCACAGGCGCCUCCAACGGCUUCGGCCUGAUCCUAUGUCUCAAGGCCCUCAAAGCAGGCCACCGCGUCGUAGGCUCGGUCCGCAACAAGACCAAGUCCGCGGACGCGGUGAAGCAGAUCGAGGCCGCGGGCGGCCAGGUCAUCGAGCUCGACAUGACCGAGUCCAAGGAGAGCAUCGACAAGAAGAUCAAAGCGGUCGGACAGAUCGACUACCUGAUCAACAACGCAGGCUUCUUCAUCCUAGGUGCCGUUGAGCAAGCCACCGAGCAAGAAGCCCACCAACAACUCCAAACCAACUUCUUCGGCCCGCUCUUCGUGCUCCAAGCCGCGCUCCCCGGCAUGCGCGCGCGACGCACCGGCACCAUCGUCAACGUGAGCAGCAUAGCAUGCAAGGACCCGCAGCCCGUCUCCGGGAUCUACGCAGCGAGCAAGGGGGCGCUGGAAGCCAUGUCGGAAUCGCUCGCGGCCGAGGUCGCGCCGUUCAACGUAUCCGUCCUGAUCGUCGAGCCGGGCGCCUUCCGGACGAACUUCCUCGCGGCCUUUUCGCCGCCGCGCGCUCCGCUGCCGGCGGGCUACGAGGACACGGCCGUCGACAAGAUGCGCGCGCACUAUUCAGGAAACCACGGUAAGCAGAUCGGCGACCCGGUGAAGGGGGUCGACCGCAUCUACGAGGCGGUGACGGGCGAGGGGAUGGCCGGGAAGCUGAAGGGCAAGGUGCUGAGGUUGGUCAUCGGGACGGACUCGUGGAAUAGGAUGAGGAGGAAUAAUGAUAGGUUCCUGGGGGACUUGGCGAUGCAGGAGGAUGUUGCUCUGAGUACGGACUUCUGAUGAGUGGAGGUUUAGGGGAUAGGGGUUAGGAGAUCGGGGAUAGGAGGGGUUUAGAGUGGCCCGCAUAUAAUCCGACAUAUACCACCUCAAUGGGUAAUUAUAUUGGGUAAAAUACAAUAAACGAGCAAUGAGUCAUGAUAGUGUGUUGCCAUGUUCAAAAGCCUCUUGAAUGUAUGACUUUACUAACUCCUGGUCAGCAAUCCAUGAACUUCCAAAGGAAUGGUGAUGGUGGGUAGUUAGCCAUAUCUCACCACGAACAUUCGGAUACCUUGGCAUUUAAGGGAGAUUUUACACGUGAAAGACACGUGCGGUACUAUUAUUAGCAGGUCCAGAACCCAUAUUAUAUCAAACGAAAGACCCCUAAAUGGCCAAGCCCAAUAAUA